AUGCCAAUAGGCGCCAUCACACGCUUUGACAGAAUCAACAUACUACCCUUCCAAGACGAGAUCCCCAUCGACCCAAGGCUUUUCGAGGGCCACCACGGCUCCCCGUUCCAGCCACAAAACGAUUUCAUGGUAACAGAUAUCAUGGGCAACAGUCUUGCUCAGGAAUGGCCCCAAACCCGGAAUCGAACCCAGCCCCGGAAUCGAACCCAACCCCAGGCCGCACCUUCCCUCCAAGUCAUUCCCGGCAACCACCAGAUUCAGGAACCACAUCCACAACAUGAUGACGCCGGUGUGGUAGGUCGCAAGCCUCGACCCACGGUCGUGCCGAAGCCUCUCGAGGAAAGCCUGUGGCAUGUUGUUCUGGUCGUAUUCUGCAAGGCCUUGUGUACUGGGAGGGAGGCGGGAGUCUCGCAAAACGGCUUGAAGCAAUAUGCCAUCGAGUCAGUGGAGAGGCAGCUCCAGCAUCUCUUGACCGCUACCAUCACUGAUGGCCAGUGGCGCAGUAAGAUCACGACACGAGAAAUAUACUAUGUCACCCAGGCUGACAUUAACUACCUGGGCGAAUCCAUUUGGUCUGGAAUACCUGGUGAACUCUUCUCGGACCAGCAGGAAGCGUUCUGCCCCUCCGACGAGGACAGCGAAGGCAGCGAGGCCAGUGAAGCCAGCGAUGCCAGUGAGGAUAGUGAGGAGAGUGAGGACACAGAGGACACUGAGGGCCUCGAGGAUGGCGACGACGGUGAAGAGGGUGAAGCCACCGGCGCCGAGGACAGCGAAGAGGAGCCCGACGCCGAGGGUAGCACUGAGAGCGGCGACAGCGAGGUCGAUGACGACGACCAGCAGGCGCCGGCUAUCUUUAGGGCACUUCCGAGCUCCCGAAGUCACAAAACCCCCUCCCUGACUUGUCCGACCGCGAGUCCUAUCGCUGACAUGCCGGCCGCCGUCAUGGCUGCGCCGGCUAGCCAGAGGGCCGCGGUCAACGCCCUCUUCACCAAGACCAUCUUGGAGUUUAUAAAUAGCGGAGCCGCCUAUUAUUACAUGGUCGGUGACGACUGA